CCCUGCACUCUUCUGGUCCAGACGAAGGGUCCUACCCGCUCUCUUCGCAUAGAGUACGCUGCCUGAGCUGCUGAGUUCCUUGUUAUUUUGGCUCUAAAUUCCAGUAGGCUGCCGCUCCUCGAGUCUCCACCCCACAGUUUGGUUGAGUGCGCAUACAGGAGCACUAAGACCCAGAGGGAGCCCUGUUCCUUUCUCCAGCUACCCCCUUGCAGGCUGGGCUGAGCUGAGCGAGCGGCGUUGCGCACCGCCUGCCCCGCUGUGUGGUUCCGUGUGCCGGCCGAUCCAGGUAACCCUUGCAGGCAGCUCACCCCGGACUCCCCCCUACCCAUGGCCACAUGCUGAGCCCCAGCGGAACUUCACAUCGCACCGAGAGGACUGCAGCGACGAUCAGAUGGCUUCGAAUUGGAAGGGUACAAAGCCCAAAACCGGGGGAGUUCGUUUUAGACACGAGAGCCAUGAAGGUACAGCCAAUCAUGUUCACUUCGAAGAGAAAUUGCAUGACUCUGUUGUCAUGGUGACUCAAGAGGAAGAUGGGAGUUUUUUAGUGAAGGUGGGAUUUUUGAAGAUUAGUCACAAAUAUGAGAUAACAUUCCUGCUUCCAGCCACAGAGACUUUGGGCCCGGGAGCCUGCUGUGUCCCACUGCCUAGCCUUUACCUGAAGGUGGUUGAAAUUUCUCCUGUACCAGAAGGUCACCGAAUGAAGUGUGAGUACAGUGCACACAAGGAAGGCGUGAUCAAGGAGGAAAUGAUGAUCGCCAGCGAGAUCAAGGACAACGCCUCGGUGAAGGUGACGUUGCAGGCCAGAGUGCUGGAUCGACUCCAUGGGACUCCCAUGCUGCUGGAAGGCGUCAAGUGCAUUGGCACUGAGCUAGAGUACGACUCCGAGCAGAGUGACUGGCAGGGUUUUGAUUAGUCAGCACCAGGACACAAUACUGCCUUCAACCUCGAUGGUCGCCACACUAGCUAAGCUGUGAAAUAUCUUGCGAAAUUCAACCAUAGAUAAAGAUUGUAGCAUCUCUCUCUUCCUUUCUCCCUCUUUGUUUUCAAUCUUGAUAUCCCUCUCUUUUUAAAUUUCCCUCCCCAUCUCUAUUUCUCUCUUCCUUUCUCCUAUUUUCCCUUCUCCCCAUAUACCUUCCUGCCUCUUUCACACUCCCGUUUUCUUUUUUUGUACUUUGUUACUCUGCUUGUAAUGUAAAUUCCCGUUGAGCGUUCAAUAUAGACAAAUGCAAUUACUGCCUGUCCUUUGAAAAGUGGAGUGGGAGCAUAUACGUUGCUGUAUAUUGGAUGAAUCUAGGGAUUUUAUGAUUUGAAUGUACACUGAAGUACAAUGCAGAUUGUGUUUAUUUUGUGAAAUAAAUGAAAUACAUUGUUAAA